CUUGUCCAGCGGCUAACUAGCAAGCUAGCACCUUCAAACCAGGAAUGAUAAUGGUGUGGGUGUGUGGGUGAGCAUAGAGGCACUGCCUUGUGACACGUGUCACCAGGUGUCACAUCCAGUCCUCUCGGCCAGGUGCAAAGUGAGCCUUCCUCGUAUUCAGCCAUGGCCUGCCACACGUUCAGGAUUUGGAAUUUGCUGCUUGUCCUCCUGCUCCUCACCGUUGUGGUUUUUGUCGUGUAUCAGUCAGAAUUGUCCUUUGACAUCAGUCCACCUAACUGGACCACUUUCUCAGGGAAACUGGAUCUGCUCCUGGUGGGCCGUUGGUCCAAGACGAAUGCCACCGGCUGGGCUCAGGAGGUAAGCUCCACGGAAUUCAGUAAAGCAAAGUACGACUCAAAGGUGACCUCCGCUCGCCCCACAAAGGUGGAAAGUGAGCAAGGGACCAAUCCCGAGACCCCCAUACCCAUCCUGCUGCCACAAAACUUCUCAAAGACUCCAGUGUGGGAUUUUGACGACGUUUACAACCAGGAUGCUGCACCCAGACAGUCGACGUGCCAACAAUCCCUCAGGAAUUCCCAGGAUGAGAGCUUCAGGAAGGAAUUCCUACCCAACAUUCGCUUGUUCCUGCACAAAGACGACAUCAACAUGAGCGAGUGGAACAGACUCUCCCACUUUAACAGUCCCUUUGGCUUCAUGGGCUUCACUUACGACGAAGUGAUGUCCUCAGUGAAGAUGAUCCCAAUGCCACAGGAGCCUUUCUUCGAACCAAAGCCCGGCAGCGAUGGCUGCAUUCGUUGCGCUGUGGUGGGAAACGCCGGCAUCCUCAACGGCUCCAAAAUGGGGAAAGAAAUCGAUUCGCACGACUUCAUCUUUCGGAUGAACGGGGCCGUGAUCCAGGGUUACGAGACCGACGUGGGGAACAAAACGAGCGUCUACGUCCACGCGGCUCACACCAUCACCUCGUCCUUGUCCACUUUGCGGAAGUACAACAACAUGGCCAUCCCCCACGAUGAGGGUAUCAAAUACGUGAUGAUUCCAGAGGGCUUGAGGGACUACCAGUUCCUGGGAGGACUCCUCAAAGGAGACAUAGUGACAGCCGGCAGCUUCAAAAACAAAAGGCCCAGGAUGUACUACGCGGGGCAGUACAACGAGAGCCGCUUUUACGUCCUGUACCAGGACUUCCUCCGAUACGUGCGGAACAGGUUCUUGCAUUCUACCCGCAUGGAAAAGAAGCAGUGGGCAUGCUACAGACCGACCACCGGUGCUUUGGCCCUCUUCCUGGCUCUCCACACGUGUGACCAGGUGGAUGCUUACGGCUUCAUGACAGAAGACUACACCAAAUACUCCAACUACUAUUACCACAGGAAUGAGAAAAAACGCGUCCCAAUGUACGCCAAUCAUGACCUUAUAUUGGAAAUGAAACUCUGGAAGCAACUCCACGACAGCAAAGUCAUACGUUUAUAUCAAAGACUUGAACCAGAACCCCUCAUGUAACACGGCGCCAACAUACUUAAAGUACCAGUAUGGUGUAAAAACAAGUCGCCUCUAUAAUGAGGCUAUGAUCAUAUAUAUCUGAUAUAUGACACCAAAAGACUUCCAAAGUUAUAUAGUAUACCGUAUUUUUCGGACUAUAAGUCGCAGUUUUUUUCAUAGUUUGGCCGGGCUCCAGUGCAACUUAUAUAUGUUUUUUUCCUUCUUUAUUAUGCAUUUUCGACAGGUGCGACUUAUACUCCGGUGCGACUUAUACUCCGAAAAAUACGGUAGUAUCAAUCUCACAGAGAUUCCCCAGACAUUUUGAGAGAUAAUAAGGAAGCCAGUCAUGUGAUCGCGUGACAGAUCCCUUCCCCAUCAACAACAAUGCUAAUCAAGCAGACUAUGUGAGAGCCAACGACAGUUACUUUUGGAAAAAUGAUGAUCCAGGACCUUAUAUUUUUUAGCCCGAAUACAAAGAGGAUGAACAAUAAUAUAAUAAUAUGUUAGAAGCCGAGUGCUAAACGGAUGCUAUAGCUUUAGCGGCAUUGCUCGGUGAUAAACAUACAAACUAACCAUUUUAAACCAUAGUAAAACAAACACUUCCUGUGAUAUUUCCACUCUCGCUGGGAUGCCGACCGACGGGACGCUCACAUAAUCCCGUUUAGAGGAAGUUAAAGUAAAAAUUUAAAGUACCAAUGAUUGUCACACACACACACUACUAGGUGGCAAAAUUAUUCUCUGCAUUUGACCCAUCACCCUUGAUCACCCCCUGGGAGGUGAGGGGAGCAGUGGGCAGCAGCGGUGGCCGCGCCCGGGAAUCAUUUUUGGUGACGUAACCCCCAAAUCCAACCCUUGAUGCUGAGUGCCAAGCAAGGGAGUUAACGGGUCCCAUUUUUAUAGUCUUUGGUAUGACUCGGCCGGGGUUUGAACUCACGACCUACCGAUCUCAGGGAGGACACUCUAACCACUGAGCAGUGUGUAAGCGUCUGGAAAACAACUGCUUUUAGUCAUAACUUAAAUGUUGCCGUUGAGCUACACAGGUAGUCUCUUCUCAAGGAUAGGGCUAUCACUUUUGCAUUCCGAAGUCCAAAUUAGGGCCUCUUUCCUACGAGAAGUGAUCCAAUCCACCUGCGAAUGUCGAACCAAGGGGCCAUUUCUUAUUAUGUGCUCAAACUGAAAUACCACCAUUUACUUAAACUCGGUGGUUUGCUCUCUCCAAGGUGAAUAUGAACAUUCACCAUUUGCAAAACAUAAUAUGAGUUCAUUAAUUCACAACCACUAGGCCACUGAGUGGGUAAUCAAGCAGACUAUGUGAGAGACAACGACGAUUACGUUUGGAAAAAUUAUGAUCCAGGACCUUAUAUUUUUGAGCCCGAACACAAAGAGGAUGAGCAGUAAGUGUUCGAAGCCGAGUGCUGAACGGAUGCGGCUUUAUUGUGAUGCUAUAGCUAUAGCAGCAUCGCUAGAUGCUAAACAUACAAACUAACCACUUCAAAUAAAACAAACACUUCCUGUGAUAUUUCCACUCUCGCUGGGAUGCCGACCGACCGGACGCCCACAUAAUCCCGUUUAGAUGAAGAAUCAAUCACAAUGUUCGCGAAGGGUUAAACAUAUUUUUCCUGCAGGAAGCAUCUUUUGGGGUGGUUUUCGCCAUCUCGGGGGACGUAAAAGUUGACCAGCAAGUCGGUUCAUGGCCACAUUUGUCUACUACCAGGUGAGAGAUGCAUGAAUUAUGAUCUAGAAUUUACUUAGUGCAUGUGCCUCACAAUACGAAGGUCCUGAGUAGUCCCGUGUUCAAUCCCGGGCUCGGGAUCUUUCUGUGUGGAGUUUGCAUGUUCUUCCCGUGACUGCAUGGGUUCCGUCCGGGUACUGCGGCUUCCUCCCACCUCCAAAGACAUGCACCUGGGGAUAGAUUGAUUGGUAACUGUCAGGUUCAAACACUGAUGACAUCUAUUAAACAAGACAAGAGGCAAAGAAUUAAACAGAAACAGAAUUCAAUUUGGACUUAAUUGAGGAGACGCGCCUGGACACACUGGACUCAUGUACAGUCUCCAACACGCUCUGCCCAAAGAUUGCAUGCCUCCUUCUUUUAUUUUGGACCCUCCCCGACCACAUGGCCACCUUUGUUUCCAAAGGACAAAGGUCGUAAAUAAUUCACAGGAAAGGUCAGUUCAAAAAGAGUUCCAUAAAAUAUUUCAAAAAGAGUUCGUAAAAUACUUCAAAAAGAGUUCCAUAAAAUACUUCAAAAAGAGUUCGUCUGGAAAUUGGGCAGACCCUGCCAUUUGUCCGCUUUGAAGUCCUUGGGUUAGAACAAUAUCUUUCUGUUGAUUACCAUAAAUGAGAGAAAACAGAAAACCCUUCAUGUGGCUCUUCCCCUUACACAGUGGAGUUUUACGAGCCGCCUUCUUGGUAGGUUUCAAAGACAGCUCCCGUCCCCCUGCUAGGAACUCAAUGUAAUACAAAGUUUUUGUGAUAAUUUAGAAACAAUUAUUCUAACAGUAACACUAAAUGGUCCCUAGUGUGUGAAUGUUGUCUGUCUAUCUGUGUUGGCCCUGCGAUGAGGUGGCGACUUGUCUAGGGUGUACCCCGCCUUCCACCCGAAUGCAGCUGAGAUAGGCUCCAGCACCCCGCGACCCCAAAAGAGACAAGUGGUAGAAAAUGGAUGGAAUUUACUUUUAUCAAGUUUGAGAAGAAGCAGAAGCAGCUGUCGCCUCAGUGUGUCAACAAUAGCAUGGUAAGCCACUAAAAUAGUCCGUCUGCGUCAGUGCUUAUAAUAACAAUAUCACUCAUCUUUGGUUAAUGUUCAGGUCAAGACAUGUAAAUGGAGUGUUGUUGGCCCAUUCUGGAUGUUUUUAGAGAGAGUAUAAUUGGCUAUUUAUUUACGAUUUUGAAUUCACAAAAAAAGCCAAGCAUGUGUCCUUGUCUUACGUAAGGAUCGUAAAUGAUAAGCAGCACAUCUCUUUCCAAUAUUUGCAUAUUUCCAGUAUGACUGAUCUGAUAACAUUGUCAGAGUGCAGAAGCGUUACUACCGUGAUGUCAGUCUCCGAAAAUAGCCGAAGGUAUUUGGAGCGGAAUAUUCAAAACGGCUGACUGAAUCCGUGGUUUUUUGUGAUGUUUCAACAGUGUUCUCACACAAUUUGUGAAUUGUAAAUACAAUUGUAUAUGCGGUUUAACAGAUACAAUGAAACACAAAUAAGUGUAUAAAGUCAACUUGUUUUUCCACUCUACUGCUACUUUAAAGAAAACAACUCCUGUGCAACUUUAGGAUUGACUAUACACACCUAUUGUUAGGAUCCAUGAAUUGAUUAACGUGGACCCCGACUUAAACAAGUUGAAAAACUUAUGUUACCAUUUAGUGGUCAAUUGUACGGAAUAUGUACUGAACUGUGCAAUCUACUAAUACAAGUCUCAAUCAAUCCAAAAGGGAUCUGCUCAAAAAAGUGUCAUA